UCUUCCUUUUGUGUUCUUUAUAUAGUUCUUUGGUUACGCAAUCCUCGUACAAACUACGUCAGUAAUUAAUUUUUUGAUACCCUAUAGGGGUUUUUGAGAUCAACGUUUUGAUCAAUUGAAUUGAUACUUUACUUUGGAACGAUAUUUGAUUUAUUUCUUGUGUUUGAAACUAUUGGUUCGUAUAAUAGUCAUUUAUCUAUCGAUACAUUUGUCCUCUACACUGCAAUGGCUUCGCCUCCGCCCAUAGGAUCUGAACCGGCAACAGAAGCUCCAACACCAGCUCCCUUACCAGUAACGCUAGAAGCCGACGAUCCGGAAGCUUUAAUCGACGAUGGCGAUUCAGCCCUUGGAUCCGAACCUGGAAGUUCCACAACCUCACUCGCAUCGAGUAUUACUAGAUACCGCAUAGAGAAUGGACGUACAUAUCACGCUUAUAAAGAUGGAAAAUAUGCAUAUCCUAAUGAUGAUAUGGAACAAGAAAGAUUAGAUUUACAACAUCAUAUAUGUAGUCUCACAUUUGAUGGCAAGCUUUUCACAGCACCAAUCGAGGCAGAUAAGAUUGAGAGGGUUUUGGAUGUAGGUUGUGGAACGGGAAUUUGGACAACAGAUUUUGCGGAUGAGUAUCCUCAAGCUACGGUUUUGGGAAUUGAUUUAAGUCCUAUUCAACCAAUGUUUACACCUCCGAAUGCAAUAUUUCAAGUGGAUGAUUUGGAAGAGGAAUGGACUUUUGAGGAUAGUGAUGCGUUUGAUUUUAUCUAUGCGAGAAUGAUGACGGGGAGUAUUGGGAAUUGGGAUCGAUUCUUUGAUCAAGCUUGGAAUAACCUGAAACCAGGUGGAUACAUUGAACUUCUAGAUAUUCGACUCCCCGUAUCCUGCGCAGAUGAUACACUGAAGCCCGAUUCAGCGCUUCUUAAAUGGUCACAAUUACUGUUAGAAGGAAGUAUUAUAGCUGGCAGAGAUCUGGACAGUGCAAUCACUUGUAAAGAGAAAUUGGAGAAGAGAGGGUUCCAGGGCGUUAGUCGGACAAUUUAUAAGUGGCCAGGAAACAAGUGGCCGAAGGAUGCUAAAGCUAAGGAGUUGGGAAUGUGGCAUCAAGAAAAUCUCACCUCCGGACUUAUGGGACUGAGUGUAGCCAUAUUUACAAGGCUAUUAGGAUGGAGUGUAGAUGAAUUAGAAUUAUUUUUGGUGGAUGUUAGGAGGGAAAUGAAGGAUACGUCAAUUCAUGCUUAUUGGGAAAUAUAUGCGCAUUAUGGGCAGAAGCCUUUAGAUGCUUAAUAGAGUACAGGAAAGAGAGGCUUGAGUUCAAUGGAUUGUAGGGGGGAGUAGGUGAUAUGUAAAAAUAGAUGAUAGAAGAUAUCAAGAGUGGUUAAGCUUGGCAUCAAUGGAACAUACACACCUAGUGGUGAUGGCUGGAGAGUCUGUAAUUGUUGGAACAAAUCUACCAGAUACAUUGUAUGGAAAUCUAGGAAGUUACUUUACCCGAAAUUCCGAAUGUCUAUAAUCGGGUUUUACCUAGUGGAAUCAGUGUAUACAUGUUCACUAUCACUGGAUGAGAAUGGCUUUCUGUUUUCCUUUUUGAUUAUCACAUGAUUUAUCUCUCAUCAUACUGAUUUUCUUCCUACAAAGUACCCUGGGAAGAGGAAAUAAAGGGGCCACGAGGAUGCAGUAGUCUCGUCUUCCCAAUGCUAAAAUCAAGCACCAAACUUCUCUAUCUCCUGCUGGCUGACUUUAAAUACUCCCUUC